UUAAGGUUUUUGUGAGUUGUGAGUGAAACUCAAAGGUUGUGAGUUAAUAAUAAUUUUUGAUUGAGUUUUAAUUUAAGAAAUGGCUAAUUUUCAGUUAUCUAUUGUUUUGAUGAAUUUAUUAUUUACUACAUAGUGUUGUAUCCAUUGUACAUCUACAUAUCUUCUAUAGUUUAGUCUUACUCUUCGAAAAAGGGAAAUGUUUUGAAGAAUUUAUCAAACUGGAAAUGUGGAAUUGGAGUUGAAACUUGAAGUUGAACCUGACUUGGACUGAAACGAAAGUGAAAAAUCAAUAAAACUGAAAAUCAGAAAAAUGGCGAAUAGAACAUUACAAGCAAGAGAUAAGAUUAGGGAUGGGGUUUUUAUUGAAUCUGUGUAGUGACCAUGGAUUGUCCAGGAUUGACCCAUUGUGAGGAUCAUUCUUUACUUGGAAACUUAGAAACAAACAACAAAAAUUCAAAUUCAUUAGUAAUAGAUAUACCACAAUCAAUAAAUGGCAGGUCUGGAAACAACUGGAAUCAAAGAAAUAGCUUGAUUGAUCUAGAAAAAGAUCUGAAUGUGGAUCAAAGUCUUAUUAUUUUGGAAAAUGGAGAAAAACGUUGGAAGUGCACCUUGUGUUCAAAGCUGUACACUGCUAAGCACAAUCUUGUGACUCACAUGCUAGGGCAUGCAGGAGUGCGAAGGUUUACUUGUGAAGUGUGUAACAAAGCCUUUAAACAACAGAGUCAUCUGAAUGCACAUCGACUAAUACACUCGGACAGAAGACCACACGAAUGCCCAACGUGCCAGAGACAGUUCUGCCAAGCUGCCCACCUGAAACGGCACAUGUUAGUUCAUCAAAGAGGGAACUUUCACAAGUGUCAUAUAUGUAAUCGAAGAUUUGCUUUUCCAAGUGAGUUAAGAGUACACUUAGAAAAGCACAAACAAGAAGGUACGUACGUGGAAGGUGAAAACCAGAACACGCAUAAUACAGAAGGAUCUACUGGGGGUCGGAGCCGAAGAUUAAAUCAGAUCACCUGUGAAGUUUGUCAGCGUGUUUUUAUGUACCCCAGCCAGCUGAAAGACCACAUAGUUGUCCACACACAAACUCGUCGUUAUUCGUGUACUGUAUGCGGAAUGAAGUUUAUGAAAGAGCAUCAUUUGAAGGCGCAUCGAUUUACGCAUAGUUCUGUUAAACCUUUCUUUUGUCCCAUAUGCGGACGAAGUUUUUCUCUCAAGGCAAACAUGGAAAGGCACGUGUUAAUCCACAGUGCUGACAAGAGAUUCACCUGCGAGGUUUGUGGAAAGAAGUUCACUCAGGCCCAAACGUUACGAGCUCACAUGGUUUCCCACUCUGAGGUCAAACCUUACUCGUGUUCUAUUUGUGGAAAAGGACUCUCCAGAGCUCAUAACCUUCGAGCUCACAUGGCCAUUCACAAAAAUAACAAACCCCACAAGUGUAGUAUAUGUGCAAGUUCUUUUACACUUAAGGGUAACUUACAGAGACACAUGAAAGAGAAACAUGGAAGUGUUGAGGUGGUGUCACGGAAGGAAGUAGCAGGCAACGAGGUUGAUUCUGGUUCAAACGAUGCUGGAAUAUCAAGUCAACACGUUACUGAUGCUCAAGAAUACCAGACAGCACCAAAUGAUUUGGUGCCUAAAGCAGCUAAACGAAGAAAAAGCACUCCUAAAAGAUUAAAAAAAUAUGGUAGUGCUGAAGGAGAAAUUCAAGAUGAUGAUGAAGGAGAUGACCCUCUUCAGGAAUCUGACAGGUCUAAUGAAGAAGAGGUAGAGAGCAUAGAAGAUGGCACUCAAUCAGUUCCAGUAGUUCCUGAGACAAUCCUCUCAACAGAGGAGAACAGCGGAGAGAGCACACUUCCUCAGUCCUCCAGACUGGGAGAUGUUUUUCACACUUCAUCGAACUAUUUUCCUUCUUACUCUGCACCUGACUUCUCUUCUGACCAUAAACCAUUCUCUUACCUUCACUCAGCACAGCAUUUCCAAGUUUCUCUGGGAGCUCCUUCGUACGGUCAUGUGAACUCUAGUCCUAUCAUUAGCACUAGCCCCAUUAGUUCCAUUAUGAGUCCUCUGGCACAGAACUAUUAUGUUGAACAUCCAGGGUUUUCUUCUUCUUGUGUCCCUCCUCCCAUUGACGAUAUCACCUUAAAGGUUCAGACAGUGCAUUCAGCAAUAGAUGAUUUAGCAGGAAAGUUGAAUUCCCCGCAUGACAAAGUAGCAGCCCUGCAUGCAGCUAUUAGCGACUUAGUGAACACCCCAUCAUCAUCAAAUAUGUGUGCAUAAUAUUCCCGAGUUAAACCCCCCCCCCCCUAAAUUAUAAAGGCCAAUUUACGGACUUUUGGCUUGAAAUUAAUUAAUAUGUUGAUGUGUGCCAAGUUUUAUUUCAUAGCUGAUAAAGGUAUAGGUGUUGUAUGGAAGUGAUACCACAGAACCACUUGUAAUUCAUAUAAAAUAAUACAUCUCUAUUAUGCAUUAAUACAGGUAUUUGUUGUAAAGGUGUGCUGAAUUAUUACUGAUUUCCUUACUACUGAGUGUUUUGGUAAAAAGUAAAAUUAAUUCAUGUUUAUAUGUAAAGUACGUCCAGUGUAUUAAAACUGAACAUUUCACUGUAAUUGAGUCUUACAUGUAUGUGAAAAUUUGACAUUAUAGUGCUGGGGAAAAAAAUGUACAUUUUAGUGUUUGUUUGCUCUACUUAUUCUAAGUUUGAUUGAAAUCUUCUUAUUGAAGCUUUGAAGUAAGACAAUAUUUUCAUUUUGUAACUGUAGUCAGUCACCUGUACAUACCUCAAGAAAUACUGAAAAAUUCGAUCUCUCUCUCUCCAUCAUAUGUUUAAUGAUUUACUCGGGUGAAUCUUUUAAAAGUUGUACAUAUAAUAUGCUAAAAAUAACAUCCUUUUACAGUGUUAUUGACAAUUUAUCUAUUAUAUAGAUGAACACAUGGCAUACUUAUAAUUUGACGACAUUCAACUGAAUCAAAACAAAUACCCCCCCCCAAAAAAAAACAAAACAACAACAACAACAAAAAACAGGAUUGGAACAGUGAAAUCCCUUUGAAACCCAGUUUACCAGGUGCUCAUAGAACUGAUGGAUGUUUUUACUAUUGAUGUGUAGAUUUUUAGAAUGUCUUUACUGGCAUCGAUGGGAUCACUGUUUUUUGAUACAUGAAACAGAACAUCAGGAUAAUUAACUUUUUUGAGGAUCUAAACAUUUACACAUUUUAUAUACGAGUACUUUAGAAGUUCUGAGCUUGUACACUGGUUUUCUUAUUGUUUUUCCAAUACCUAGCAGGUAUAACUCUAGUGGCAGGCAAAAGAAUGUCCAUACACUAGAUGCAAGAUGUAACAGAACUGUUUUUUUUUUUCCAUUUAGCAAAAACGCUUGGUUUAGUAAUCAACAUGUUAUUGUAAUUUUAUCUAAUAAUAUAUGUUCACAGUCGUAUUGUGUAUUAGAAGCAAAAAUUUUUUAAAAGCAAGUUGUCAAAUUAUCAUGUGUAGAUUGAACACAUUUUAUUAUUCUUUCUCAAAGAGACCAGAUAUGUGUUCAUAUUAACAGAGGGCAAUAGCAAAUGUGUCUACAGAACUUAUAGUUAACUUUACUAUCUCUUUUGAUAGUGUAGACAUUGAAGUUUCUGUAAAAAAUAAUUCGGCUGUGUUGGUGUGGUUAGGCACGUAUUAGAAGGUUCCUGUUGUAUUUGUCUCACGAUAGAUAGGAGAUGAAUACUUAGUUUUUAUAGAAUAGAUUGAAAUGUUAAUAAGAAUGGGUUAGUAGUUAUUCGUCGUGUUUCUUCAGAAACGACGUAGAAUAUACAUUGUUCAUAAAGAUUUGUUAAAGCAUUUUACGUAAAUUGUUUCGAAUGUCAGUGGUGGAAGUUUAGUUUGGUGGUGGUUAGUUUUUUUGUUCAGUUCUCUGGAUUACAGGUUUUUUCUUGUUAACAGUGAAUAUAAAUAAUAGUGGGAGUCAAGUAAUUUGGAAGAUGGUGACUUUCAUCAAGAAAAUUUAAUGAAACAUUUUGGACAACACAUUUAAGUUGUCAACAGCAAAACUGUUAAAAAAGGAAAAAAAAAAAAUAUGUUAUUGCUUUUCUACUUAGUAUUGUUCUAACAUUCCAUUCUGGCCUGUGAAUGUAUGGCAUAACUUCCAGAAAUGUUCAAUUAUAAAAUGAGAAGUGUAUGACAACACACGUCACUUGCAUGUGCACUACAGGUGCGAACACUGCUCCACUUGAACAUCACUAGCCCUAAUUACCACAUAAAAUGUGUUAAAAGAAAGUUGUUAGUUUUCAUAGAAAAAUUAUGUUUAGAUUAAAAGACGAAGUUCGAUUAAUGUAGUGUUUUAUAAGUUUAUAGUUUUUUUGUAGAACGCUGUUAAAAACUCGAUCAUUUUCUGUUAUAAUUUUAUUGUUAAUAAACAUAAACACAAUACUGUAUCUCUAAAAAUAUAUAUCAGUAUUUAAAUGUCAUGUAAUAUUCAUCUAAAUUAUAUGCGUGUUAUUCUGAAACCUCAUUAUUCAGGUUCGAUAAUGUAACUGUAAUGCAAGUGUUCUGCACAAAAAUUUUUAGAGUAAACUUUGACUCUGAAUUUGAAGAGUAAUAUAAAAAAAAAGUUUUCAUAUGUUUUUGUUUUAUCAACUAAUUUAAUUAUAGAUACAAAUUAUGGAUUAAUUUCUUUAUAAGCCUAGAAAUGUAACGAUUCUUUUCAUUUCUUUUAAAAAAAUGGAUAAAGAAAACUCUAGGUUAGACAAUAUGGUGCCAUAUGACAUUCAUGUGAUUGAGAACUACUUGUGAAAAUGUGUAUAGUGUUUAUGGUAUAGUCUAUACAAUGUCUGUUUCUUAGGUAUUAACAGGAUUAUUAUUUUUUCAUGUGCGUAUACAAGUUUUAUUUAUUUUUUACUAGACAUACUUUUAUUUGAUGUCUGAUAAGGAUAUUUAUGCCUUUAAAAAUGGUUUAAGUUUU